AAACAAGGGAAGGACAAAACUUUACACAGCACAUGGAUUUCUAGGGCACAAAACUGAACGAGACAGAGAAAGGGAGCUAACAAAAAGUUACGAGAUGGGAGUUACAAAGGAACAAGUUGAGUCCACUCUAAAGUCAAAAUUGAACCCUUCACAUCUUGAAGUGGUUGAUACAUCUGGAGGUUGUGGUGCAAGUUUUGCUAUUGAGAUUGUCUCAGAACAAUUUGAGGGGAAGAGGCUGCUGGAGAGGCAUCGACUUGUCAAUGCUGCUCUGGUAGAGGAGAUGAAAGAGAUCCAUGCCCUCUCAAUAAAGAAAGCUGUGACCCCUGCUCAGUGGAAACAACAGCAAGAGACCCAGCAAUCUACAUCGGCUGCAUAAGAUCAUGCUUUCAAAAUAUUUAUUGGAACUCACGUGUAUUUGGUAGCCGAUGAGCGAGCCCGAGUGUGAGAAAAAGGAUAAAAAUGCUUUUUAAUGGAAGACAUUGGAAUUUGUGUGCGGCAUGUCUCACGUUGAUAUUUUUUAUUCCUGCCUGGUUGAUGAUGGCAAUGGACAUCAUCGACAGACAUUUAAGUAUGUAGAUAGGUUUGGUCACCGGCUUGUGACCUCCGAUC